UCUUGGUUAUCUCAAAAGCAUCUCCAUCUUAAUGUGUGCAAAAUGCAGCUUCAGGUCACCCACAUCUGGUCCCCUUAUAGUGCGCCCAGCCUCUGCGAAUGGCAGCACCCUACCCCAGCCACUCAGCCUGAGCCCAGGAGCCCUCCCUCAUCGGCCCUUCCUUCCUCUGUCCCCCACUCAAUCCAGACUUGUCUCUAAUUUUUGAAUCCCCCUCGGCCUGCCCACUUUUCUCCAUAGGCACCACCAUCUGCCUUUCUGUCUGCUUCCUUCAGUUGUCCACACCACAGUCAGAAUAAGCUUGUUAAAAUGAGAAACCCGUGCGUCAUGCUUUGCCUGUUAUCUUUGUGGAGCACUCUUUGUUCUAGGGCAGGUCUCCUUAACGGCUGCUUCAAGGUCCCGCACAGCUGGUCCAGCCUCUUCUUGCAUCCUCUCUCAAGCUGACUGCUUUGCUCUCCCCUCAUUUGCUGUUCCCUCUGCCUGGGAUUCUGUUCCUUGCCUAUUGGGGAAUUCUUACUAUUCCUGCGGAUCUGUCUCUUCAUACUUUGCUUAGAGAAGUGUUCUGUAACUUCCUCCCUGAUGAGGUCCAUGUCUUGUUUUGUAGGUCCUGAUCUGUCCCACCUCCUCUCCUUGGUAGCCCUGCUUUGGUGGCAAUUUUAUACCUACAUGCUUGUCAGCUCUCAGACACUCCUGGUGUUUUGAAAUGUUGGGGUACUUAAUAUGCCUAGCAGCCUCUGGGGCAUUGUUCUCAUUGGGAAUUUGCUUAGCCCGUAGGGGCACAGCUUACUCUUGUCUCACUCCUCUGUUGAUUAUGUCAGGCAGGGCAGGAAGGACGGAGAAGCCACAUGGGAGGGAAUAGAGGGCCUGGACAGUGCAAACGGAGGGCCCUUACGGGGAGAAAUGGCUGCUCCUGCCCUUCCUGCUUAGCUACCUCCCGUCCUGGCUGAGUCCACCAUAUGAACUGACCCGCCAUUGACGGACAUUUCCUGUGUCAGAGAUGCUCUAGGAAUGUUUUGGUCAGUCCCACAUUUUGGUUCUGUUCUGAACAGCUGACAAGAGCCAGAAGGUGAAAUUUCCGGCAGCUGCAGGAUGAGCAGGAGGGGGCGCCCUGGAGCAUGGCCAUCUGCUCUCAGCGUGAGUUGAGCUAAGCAAGUAUUUACUGGGUGCCUGCCACGUACCAGGAGUGGUGUUGUCUUCUGGGGCCACAAAGGUAAUUAAGUUCUGUGCCCACCCUGCCACCUGGGCAUGUGGUGGAGUCCGAAUGGAGUGACGGAGGUGAGAGUGGGAGCAAAGGACGCUGCACGGGGCGGCCCGAGCCAAGGCUGGGCACCUGGCUCUGAGUACCUUGACCUUGGUCUGGGGCCUGAGGGAGUGUGACCUGGGGAGGUUCCUGGUAGGCUGUGCGAGGGGCUGGUGUCUGUCCUCACCAGCUGGGGGCUGUCGCUGAGUGUGGUGAGUGACAAGACCCGGCCUAGGGCACAAAAGAGGAAAAGGAGAUGAGCUGAGCCGCUAAAAAGGCAACACGGGUCACAGUCCUAACCCAAACCGGCCGCACGUGGGGAAAAGUCAGUCUGAUUCUUAUCAAAUAUACUGAAACUCCGCUUCCUACUGAGGUACCCCUUCGUCAGACAUUUCCGUGGUAAAUGUAUGGCUGCUACGGUAGGUGAGAGAAACAGAUCACAGUGAGCCUCACGUCAUUUCAGAUUUUUCUGCCAAACCAUCUGUUGCCAAGUUCUGAAGAAAUGUUCAGUGUUCACAGAAGUUUUGACUUCUAGGAAAUGUGGGUUAGAGGUUAUAGGCCUGAAGCGAUACCUACACAUUUAGAGAGCCUGGCCUAUUGUGCGUGCAGCACACACAUUGGCUCUUACUGUCUUCACAGCAGCCCUGCGAGGGUCAGUGCCAUGAAGAUCCCAUUUUACAGGUGAGGAGAUGAGGGCACAGAGAAGGUAAGUGACAUGCCUGUCAUCACACAGCCCAUCGCUGGUGAAUCCAUAGUCCCCAUCCCUACCAGGCUGCAAACUUGGGAAUGGGAGGUCUGGUUGGGCAGUGAGCUUUCCUCCGAAGCUGGGGGAAGUUAAGUGCGAUGUCCAGCAGACCUGAGGAGGAUGUGGGUGGGGAGGUGCCAUGUGGACAGCUAGGAUGUGGGCUGGCUGGGCUUUGACAAAGUUCAGGUAAGCAGCGUCAUAAAGGUUGUGUAUGGAGCUUCAUGGAGACUUUAGAGGGGCUAUAACUGCAUUCUGAUUUUCUUCCUCUAGCUGUGCAAGAUGUGUGCUCUGGAGCCCCACAGAUGAAUGUUUUCAGCCGGCCGCUGCCUUGUCCCUGCAGACUGCACACCCCUGAGUGGGUCAGUGCCAUAGAGUUGCUCACAGGAGUGCAGAUUGUUAGACUCUGCACGUAAUGACAGCCCCAUGUCCCAAUUUCAUCAUGGCUUCAACUUCAAGUGGCCCUACCUCCGGGAAAGGUGCCGGCUUAAAGCCGAAAUCCACCAGGCUGCUCGAGGUUCUCAAUGCACUGGAGGAAGGGGGGUCUCCCCACAGGGAAGAGAUCUUCAUUGCACCACCUGACAGUGCCGCAGGGGAUUUCACCGAUGAGGACUCGGGAGACGAUGACGACCGGCGAGGCGCCCGCCUGCCUGGCAGUGUGCUGCAUGCUGCCGUAGUGCCGGAGGACUCUGGCUCUGGCGAGGAGGGGCACCUGUGGCCAUGGACAGCUGCCAGGCAGCAGCGGGCCCCCGUGGCACCUCAGCGCCAUUGGGCCAAAAGAGAUAUCCGGCCAGACUUCAGCAGCUGGACAGCCUCGGAUCCUCACAUGGAGGAUCUCAAAAGCCAGGAACUGAGUCCUGUGGGCCUUUUUGAGUUGUUCUUUGAUGAGGGAACGAUUAACUUCAUUGUUAAUGAAACCAAUCGUUACGCUUGGCAGAAGAGUGUCAACUUGGGUCUCACGGCCCAGGAACUAAAGUGUGUUUUGGGCAUUUUGAUUUUAAGUGGGUAUAUAUCCUAUCCAAGGAGAAGGAUGUUUUGGGAAACGUCUCCUGAUUCACAUCAUCAUCUUGUGGCAGAUGCAAUUAGAAGGGACAGGUUUGAACUCAUCUUUUCAUAUCUGCACUUUGCAGAUAACAGUGAGCUGGAUGAAAGCGAUAGGUUUGCCAAGGUCCGGCCUCUCAUCGUCCAGAUGAAUCGCAGCUUCCAGAAGCACGCGCCUCUGGAGGAGUUCUACAGCUUCGGGGCGUCCACGUGCGAGUACUUUGGGCACCGGGGGUCCAAGCGGCUGGCCGCAGGGAAGGCUGUGCGCCUGGGCUACGAGGUCUGGUGUGGGACCACCAGCCGGGGCUACUUGGUGUGGUUCGAGCCCGCACAGGGCACGCGGUUCACCAGGCCAGACAGGGGCCUGGACCUUGCAGGCAGCAUGGUGGUGCGGUUUGUGGAUGCGCUUCAGGAGCGUGGCCAUCUGCCGUACCACAUAUUUUUUGACAAGGUUUUUACAAGUGUCAAACUGAUGUCCAUUUUGAAGAAAAAGGGGGUAAAGGCCACAGGAACUGUUCGCGAGUACAGGACUGAGCGCUGUCCCCUCAAAGAUCCCAAAGAACUCAAGAAAAUGAAGAGGGGUUCCUUUGAUUACAGAGUGGACGAGAGCGAGGAGAUCAUCGUGUGCCGCUGGCAUGACAGCAGCGUGGUCGACAUCUGCUCCAAUGCCGUGGGCAUUGAGCCGCUGGUGCCAGGCAGCCACCAGGCGGGGACAGCCAAAACGCGUGCCCGCGUCCAGCGGCCAUCGCUGGUGAGGCUGUUCCAGGAGAAGGCGGGCGGCGUCAGCCGCAUGGACCAGAAUAUUGCCAAGUACAAGGUGAAGAUCCGCGGCAUGAAAUGGUACUCGAGCUUCAUCGGCUAUGUCAUCGAUGCCGCCCUCAGUAACGCGUGGCAGCUGCACGGGAUCUGCUGUGCUGACGCCCGGGUGGACCUGCUGGCCUUCCGCAGGUACGUGGCCUGUGUGUACCUGGAGAGCAAUGCGGACACCUCGUCACUGGGGAGGCAUGGCCGGCGGCUAGAGACUGAGAGCCGCUUCGACAUGAUUGGGCACUGGAUCGUCCACCAGGACAAGCGGACCCGCUGUGCCCUCUGCCACUCGCAGACCAACACCCGCUGCGAGAAGUGCCAGAAGGGCGUGCAUGCCAAGUGCUUCCGGGAGUACCACACCCGCUGAGCAGUGGUGGGUGAGCGCAGAUGCCUGGUGACAGGGACGUGUUUACAACGGGCUCGGCACUUGGAGCACAUGUGGUUUUGUGUGUGUUGGAAAAAAGACCUCAAUCCUUAGUGAUUUGGUUGUGUGUUUUCUCCCUACCUGCAUUGUAAUUAACUUUUUUGUCUAUAAUUACCUAUGCCUACGUGUAAUAUAAAUUAAUGUUUUUAUUAGUGAUCAUAAGUGUUUGUAAAUUACAUUUUAUACUGUUAUUUAUUUAAACUCAUGGACCCCUUUUUCUUCAAAUAAAAAUCUUGCUGUGGUUUAUAGCUGAGUUCCAGUAAGGACAAUCAAAUGUCACCAGGCACUUUAGAGAAAUUUUUGUGAACAGUAAAAAAUUGUAUGUUCUUAAUUGUAAUCUAAGAUACAGGCAAUAGUAUGUAGUUAACAGUAUGAUAAAGGAUAUCUUUUUUUAAAAAUGUUUUAUUAAGGUAUUAUUGAUAUACACUCUUAUGAAGGUUUCACAUGAAAAAACAAUGUGCUUAAUACAUUUACUCAUAUUAUCAAGUCCCCACCCAUACCCCAUUGCAGUCACUGCCCAUCAGUGUAGUAAGAUGCCACAGAUUCACUGUUUGCCUUCUCUGUGCUACACUGUUUUUCCCAUAACCCCUCACACCAUGUGUACUAAACAUAAUACCCCUCAAUCUCCUUCUCCCUCUCUCCCCACCCACCCUCCCACACCCCUCCCCUUUGGUAACUGCUAGUACCUUCUUGGAGUCUGAGUCUGCUGCUUGGAGUUUUGUUCCUUCAAUUUUGCUUCAUUUUUAUACUCCACAAAUGAGGGAAAUCAUUUGGCACUUGUCUUUCUCCACCUGACUAAUUUCACUGAGCAUAAUGUCCUCCAGCUCCAUCCAUGUUGUUGCAAAUGGUAGGAUUUCUUUCUUAUGUCUGAAUACUAUUGCAUUGUGUAUAUGUACCACACCUUCUUUAUCCAUUCGUCUACUGUUGGACACUUAGGUUGCUUCCAUAUCUUGGCUAUUGUAAAAAGUGCAGCAAUAAACAUAGGGGUGCAUAUGUC